GGUGAGGCGCAUCAGGUCGGGGCCCCCAGGGUGUUCGCUACCAUCCAUUUUUCAGUCCUCUUCACGUCAGGAUCGAUCACAGACGAUCAUGCUCGCCCUACACGGCUUCCUCGUUAUCGCGGCCUGUCUCGCCACCGUCGCGACGCCUCCCGCGCUGGCCAAGGCGGUCUACGAUCAGCGACAGACCGGCGACGUGAACGUGCAGAUUGACCUGAAGGACCUGCAGGUGAUUGCGCUGGUCAACUCCGAGUUUCUGGAUGAUUAUACGGAUUACGAUUACUUGUAUGAUUACGCCGACUUCACCAUCAAGCCACCGGGAAACAGGCCUAUCGUGAGUUCCACGACGGAGACCACGGAGAAAAAUGAUGUCACGUAUGUUUCCGAGCCGCUGUCACAGAAUUCAACCGUUUCGCCAUUUAUCAAUAAUAUAAGCCUGACCACGAGCGAUAUAACGCUAUCCGAAGGAGCCCCGAAUGUUAAUCCAUCGAAUGGUACCGGGAGCGACAAGACGCCAUCCAAAGACGAAGAGAUCUCGAACACUGAUCUGUUGAUUGGUACCACGAGCUCGACGCCGAAUGCGGAUAAUGACGACGAUAAGAGUCAAUCGGGCGAAGAGGAGGCUGGAGCCGGAACAACUCCUUCGACCACGGUGAAACCCGCGCACGCCGUGCGAUCGCAAAAGCGCUGCAAAUCUGGAUAUGUUCCGAACGGCGACGGUCGCUGUCGACAAGCGAAUCGACCGUGGCUGCGUCACUUGAUACAACCGCGUGCGUACGACCGGAUGCCCCACUCUGAUGGAUCGAUCUUCCCUCGAUCGACCGGAUUCAGAUGGCAAGAGCUAAAGGAGUAAAUUUGGAAACAAGUGUCCUUUGAAGGUGUGCCAUAUAUGCAUCGAAUUUACGCCAUGUUUGCCUUCACAUGGUGAAACAAUCCCACGUUUUGCACUUUUGUAAUGCGAUAAUUAUCUCCGAGUACUUGACGCGCUUCCUUAUAUUUUGUUUCACAGUUCCGGAUUAUGACAAAAGAACUUUCCUAAAAGAGAUAACACAUAAUUAAAGUAUACUCACAGGAAGAAGCG